ACACAUCUACCCAGCAACAGAGGCGCCAACCCCACCCCUUCCUUCUCUCGUUGGCUAGCUUGAAUCGUAGUCUGUUGCUCUGAUUGGUCAUCCGAUAUCGUGCGGCUUUUUUUCCUAUUGGAGAAGUGGCCGGGAAUUUUUUUUUUUCCGGGUUGGUCCGCUGGGGAGGCGGGGCCGGUUCUGCGGGAUUACUUUUCUAGACUCCUUUCUGAUUGGGUGGCAUGACGCAAUGCGCGCGCCCCGUUAGAGGCUAAACUCCUGGCAGGUCUGGUCUCUUCCUCUCUGUGCUCCUGCAACUUAAACCGAAUUCCUGGAGGAGUCUUCCGGGUUUGGGCCUGCACUGUGGUGCGGUUGUUGGGCACAGGGCUUACGGCCUCUUGUGCCUCACUUGUGGACUGGAGACUCAGGCCUCACUCACUUCGGUUCCUCAAUUAACAGCAGAACCAUCAACAAAUGUUUGUUGGAUAAGGACAAAUAAAGAGAUUGGAAAGGAGCGAAGCCUUUUUGACUUGUUUCACUUGUUCCCGCCUACUCCAUCUUCUUCCAGUUCCAACAGUCAUGGAGAAGCGCCUUCAGGAGGCUCAGGUAUACAAGGAGGAAGGAAACCAGCGCUACCGGGAAGGAAAGUACCGAGAUGCUGUGAGUAGGUACCAUCGAGCUCUUCUUCAGCUGCGGGGUCUGGACCCAAGUCUGCCUUCCCCUCUAUCUAGUCUGGGACCUCAGGGCCCAGCUCUCACACCGGAGCAAGAAAACAUACUGCACACCAUCCAGACCGACUGCUACAACAACCUAGCUGCCUGUCUCCUCCAGAUGGAGCCAGUGAACUAUGAACGAGUGAGGGAAUACAGUCAGAAAGUCCUAGAACGACAACCCGAUAAUGCCAAGGCCUUGUAUCGGGCUGGAGUAGCCGCCUUCCACCUGCAAGACUAUGACCAGGCUCGACACCACCUGCUUGCUGCUGUCAAUAGGCAACCUAAAGAUGCCAAUGUUCGGCGGUACCUCCAGUUGACGCAGUCAGAACUCAGCAGCUACCAUAGGAAGGAGAAACAGCUGUACCUGGGCAUGUUUGGUUAAUGAAGAAAAGAGACAUUUCUCAACUUGAACUCAAGUGGACAAGCAAAGGCCCAUUGGGGAAUCUGAGCCUCACUCAGCAAAAGGAGUUCACCCUUUACCUCUGACCCAGGUGGAUUUCCAUUGUUUCCUGUUCUGCACAAGCUCUUUGCUCCGUAGACCAUCUGCAUCUUUUAUUGUCUGUUCCCUAGUGUAUUUGUAUGGCUUACAAUCUGAGAACAUUCAUCGACUGUGGGUGGAAUCAACUGUAUUUGUGGCAUAGAUUUAGUGGGGUGUUAUUAAAUGUUCUCAGACACAGA